AAAAUUCUCGGAUUAAAAAAGCUUGAUAGCAUAUUGCACUUAAUGCCAAUGAUGUCAACUGUGAUGUUAAUGUCAAUGAUGUCAAGACUGAUCACACAAGUCUUGUUGCAUUGGUGAAUAGUCAGCUGAGGCACAGACAACAGUAGGCAUUUUACCAGACUCCAGGGGCAUGGAGGAUGUGGUCGUGGAAGUGUACCAAGGCGAGGCUGAAGUUGCCAGCAAGGCUAUAUCGAGCCCUAUCACUGCUGCUGAAGCAAAAGACGCUCUCCGUGACAUCAAUGCAGCUUGGGUGGGCAUGUUGACAGAACCCGACGGCAGCACUGUCUUGGCAGGGCGGCGCAAUUUGACUCCUGGCGCCAUCUACCAUCUGCACCUGCAGGAGCAGCCAGGUCGCCAGAAGCUGCAGGGGGAGCCUGUUGAGCUUCCUCCAGAUGACCCACGGAAACUGUUUUGGAGGAACCUGGCCGAUGCAAAGAUCGAGGACAACCCUGGCGGAUUUCAAGUUUUGAGACUGCAAUGUGGCUUCCUGGACCCUGGAAACAAGAUAAGUAGCAUCCUGCUGCGGCCGUGCUACAAGGACCUGUGGAAUUUGGUGAGCAAGGGCUCAGGCAAAGAUAUCAUCACAGGCACUCCUGGCGUUGGAAAAUCCAUCUGGCAGUACUACGCAAUGUACAAACUGGCCAAAUUGGGCGCCACUGUCGUAGUGGACUUCAAAGGGAUGACAGACUGCCUAUGCUUCAGCAAGGACUCUGUGCGUGAGGGGCCCUUGACGGCGUUUAAAAAGGAGCUGUUGCAAGAAGACACCUGGUACCUGGUGGACACCAGGGAACCGGAGAAGGCUGCAGCGAAGACAAUCCUCACCUCAAGCCCCAAGAGAGAGAUCUAUAAAGACUUUGCCAAGGCGGGAGCAUCAACCCUUUACAUGCCUGUCUGGAGCUGGUUGGAGCUAGACGCGGGUCGCCACCUACAUGGGCUGAGGAAAGACGAGAUCUUGCCCCUGUAUGAGAAGUGGGGCGGGUCAGCGCGGUACGUGCUGGACCUGGCCAGGAACCCCUCCCGACAGAGGGACCUGGCGUCGGCCAUUGCUAAGGCGGACCUGGAUGUUAUCUUCAAGGCGGUGGGCGAAAUUGACUCUGCAGAUGAGGUGUCACACCGCGUCCUUCACAUCAAUGUAGCGCCCAAUUACCUGGACACGGACAUGAUGUUUGCGUCUGAGUUCAUUGGGCGCAAGGUUGGGGAGAAGUUCUGCAAGGGCACCACCCUGCCGCUGCAGAGGUUCAUCGCAAUCACUGCAGGCUGGAAGGAGUUCAACGAUGUGUGUGCCAAGUUGUUUGAGCCGCUGGCUCACCGCAUUUUAAGGGGGGGUGGCGUCUUUGAUGUGUGGGACUUGGAAAUGGGGACACAAACAACCCUGAAACUGCCUCCCUGUACCAGCUUUUACACUUUCCACGACCUGAAGGAUGUGGCGGACCAGGAGGCGGGGACAUAUUGCAUCCCGUCCAGGUCAGACCAGGCAGCCAUCGACAGCAUCCAGCAGCCGCAGUAUCUCUUUCGGAUGACGUUGGCUGAUGAACACAGCAUCAAUGCAACUGGGCUCAGCCAUGCACUUGAACAGCUGAGGAAGGACCCCAAAACAGAUGCUGAGCUGUUCUUUGCUGUCCCCCCAGACCAAUAUCCCAGGUGGCGAAAAAAGCAGGAGUAUACCGGGCGGACUGAUUUGAAGGUGCUGAGGGCCGUUAAGCAGCGUGUCAUCAAAGUGCCGCUAAAAAUGAUGGUGCACAGCUUGCAAAACUUCAGGGCGGUGUAAAAAUUGCAAAAGGCUUGAUGCAGUGAGAGAAAGGAGCUGCACUUUGUAGAAUGUUUGUUUCUUGAAUCACUUGUGCAGAGCUUUCAACCUGCGGAGAUCUGGUCCCUGCGUGUCAGUGCUCAUGGCAACGAUUACAUGGAUACUCUUCAGCAAGUUUGCAUUAUCACCACUGUUGGUGAGAUUAAAAGACACAGAAUGUUGACCUUUACGGCUCAAAAGUGCAAAAUGCACUGCACAUGCUGGUUGCCAUGUCAAAAAGAAAUGAUUGCCUGUUGACAACAGCAAAGUCAAACAUAUUUCAAGGAAGACUCACAACCAAAGAACCAUAUGAAAUCGCAAGUGGUCUGACAUUCCCACCGACUCCAGCCUUACUCUACUUCAAGAAUCGUUUGUUUUGCCUUUGUUAUUCGAUAUGUGCACAGCAACUCCAGUCUAGCAUAAUCCUGCUGGACAUCAGUGUCCAGCUUGUGCUAAAAUACAAUAAGAUACCUCAAAUGCCGCAGUCUUGGGUUAUUCAGGGCGUCGUACACCAUUGAUACAGGUCCAAAUUCAAGCACACUCUCUUUGACAGCAUAAACUGCACUGAAGGUUCCCACACUUUUCAGCAGCAUGUGCAACAGUGGCAAAAAUAAAACGAUACUCCAUGUCACUCUCACCCAGGCAGCUCUGGUGUUCCCUCGAUCACACAAAACUGCGCUCACAACCUCCCUUCUCAUUCUCCCAACCCUCACAACAGCCUCGCAAAUUCUUUUCCACCACCCUCUUACCUGACACCGUAUUUUAUCUGGUCAUGCUUGAGACCACUGAAGUUGUCAGGUCCUCUACAGGGCACCCUCAUGCUUG